AUGUCUAAAGCCAACGAAAAUGCUUUGCCGUUUGCAGAUGCGGCCACAAUAGUCAGAGCAAACCAAAAGGAUAGUUAUUUCGAGAACCUGCUCAGAGCACAAGUUACGGAUGCGUUACAUAUAUUCAAGGGACAGAAAUUCGUCAACAUGCACCCGGAAGAAAUCGGGGUGGCGACAAAACUGUUGUACUUCUUCCUCACGACAUUGAUUGGUGCGAGAACUCUAGGUGAAGAGUAUGUGGAUCUCAUGUAUGUCAAUCGCUCUGGAAGAAGGCUUCCUCGAUUUAUUCCCAGAUUAGGUUUUAUUUUGCUGUAUGCGUUGUUGCCGUAUGUGGUGACAAGAAUUGUGAAAAAACUCAAGGCAAGGCACAGUGCGGUUGAAUCCAAGGAUGAGAGUUGGUACAAAAAGAUUCUUACUUCGUACCCAAAGCUUCUUGAUACAAUCAUUAACAUUCAUGUGGCCAUAUUCUAUUUUGAAGGCUCUUUUUACUCGAUUUCCAAGCGUAUAUUUGGCCUUAGGUACGUGUUUGGCCACAACAAGGACCCUAAGAAACUUGCCAGAACAGGCAAUUAUUCAGCGCUCGGAGUGAUUAUCUUGCUUCAAUUCGCCAUUAAGGUAUUGAUAAAACUUAAAGAAUACUCCGACGAGAACAGCAAGACAGAGGAAGAGAAAAAUAUGGAUAGGGCGGAGGCCAACUCGUACGAUACAUUCCGCAAAUUGCAACAGCUCGAGACGUUAAGAGAACAUUUUGAUGAUGAUAUCGACGAUAAAGUCAAUAUUGACUUGAGCAACCCAAACGAGUUACCCUACCUUCCUGAGAGUGCAAGAAGCUGCAUGCUCUGUCUUUCGCCAAUGGUGAAUCCUUGCGCUGCCAAUUGCGGCCACAUGUUCUGCUGGGACUGUAUUGUUGACUGGACCCGCCAGCAUCCGGAGUGUCCCUUAUGCAGACAGGUUUGUUUGGAGCAGAACUUGUUGCCAUUGCGAUAG